UUCUCUCUCCUCUCUCUCUCUUAUUUAGCCAUAAAUCUAGGGUUCUUCCUCUUCUUCACUCCUCACUCUUUCUCUUUCUCUCUCUACAUUUUUCUCUCUCUUCUUACGUUUUUCUCUCUCAUCAGUCUUCCAUCGACAUUCUCUAUUAAAGAUGAGAGAAAUCCUUCACAUCCAGGGUGGACAGUGUGGAAACCAGAUCGGAUCGAAGUUUUGGGAGGUUGUUUGUGCCGAACAUGGCAUUGACCCAACUGGAAAAUACAGUGGAAGCUCCGAUCUCCAACUAGAAAGGGUCAAUGUUUAUUACAAUGAGGCCUCGUGUGGCCGAUUUGUUCCACGUGCUGUGCUUAUGGAUCUGGAGCCCGGUACGAUGGACAGUGUGAGGACUGGGCCAUAUGGUCAGAUUUUCCGCCCUGAUAACUUUGUGUUCGGUCAGUCAGGUGCUGGAAACAACUGGGCCAAGGGUCACUACACCGAGGGAGCUGAGCUCAUUGAUUCUGUUCUUGAUGUUGUGAGGAAAGAGGCCGAGAAUUGUGACUGCCUUCAAGGUUUCCAAGUUUGCCACUCGCUUGGAGGUGGAACUGGUUCUGGGAUGGGUACUUUGCUUAUUUCUAAGAUCAGGGAGGAGUACCCUGACAGAAUGAUGCUUACGUUCUCAGUGUUCCCAUCACCUAAGGUUUCUGAUACAGUUGUUGAGCCUUACAAUGCUACUCUCUCUGUCCAUCAGCUUGUUGAGAAUGCUGAUGAGUGUAUGGUGCUUGAUAACGAGGCUCUUUACGACAUUUGCUUCAGGACUCUCAAGCUGACUACCCCUAGCUUCGGUGAUCUGAACCAUUUGAUCUCUGCUACCAUGAGUGGUGUGACCUGCUGCCUGAGGUUCCCUGGUCAGCUGAACUCUGAUCUUCGCAAACUGGCAGUUAACCUCAUCCCCUUUCCUCGUCUUCACUUCUUCAUGGUCGGGUUUGCUCCACUCACUUCUCGUGGGUCCCAGCAAUACCGUGCUUUGACAGUUCCUGAGCUCACCCAGCAGAUGUGGGAUGCUAAGAACAUGAUGUGUGCCGCUGACCCCCGUCAUGGCCGUUACCUAACUGCCUCAGCAAUGUUCCGUGGUAAGAUGAGCACAAAGGAAGUGGACGAGCAGAUGAUCAAUGUCCAAAACAAGAACUCUUCUUACUUUGUUGAGUGGAUCCCCAACAAUGUGAAGUCGAGUGUUUGUGACAUCCCACCUAUUGGCCUCUCAAUGGCUUCUACUUUCAUUGGUAACUCCACUUCCAUUCAAGAGAUGUUUAGGCGUGUGAGCGAGCAAUUUACUGCUAUGUUUAGGAGGAAGGCUUUCUUGCAUUGGUACACUGGGGAAGGUAUGGAUGAGAUGGAAUUCACCGAGGCUGAGAGCAAUAUGAAUGAUCUUGUAUCAGAGUACCAGCAGUACCAGGAUGCCACUGCUGACGAGGAUCUUGAGUAUGACGAUGAGGAGGAUGAGGAAUACGAUCAGUAGAUAACGAUCCCGAGGAUUAUUGCUUACUCGUGGAUCUUGCAAAAGCUUGGCUUCCAUGCUGGUAUUGCAAGUCGGAAAAGUCCCCUAUUUUCCCCCGUUCCUUUUAGUCAUGAUAUUAGUAGUUUAACUAGUUGUAAUUUGGAGAUAUACUCAAAUCCACUAUUCUAUUGCCGAUAUUAUACUUGGAUUUGGAGCUGUUUGUUAGGUUCAGCUCAGUGCAUUUUAUAUUGCAUGGAUAUAGUUGUGUGAUAAGUGAGUGAUGUGCGUUUUCUAUCAUCAGUUUAGGCAGUUUGUUUUCUGGCCAUUCAAGCUAAGUGCAGGCAAUUUUUGUAGUCUGACCUUUUCUGCAGUGUCUGCUGCUGUUAAGAGAAUAUGAAUGCGAGAUUUGUCGAAA